AAUUCCCACGAGGCGGCUCCGUCACCGGCGGCGAAGGAAGCCGACUCCUCCCGUAGUAAGAAAGCAGCAGGUGGCGGCGGUAAUAAGGAGGUGACAUACGGAGGGGUGAGGAGGCGGCCAUGGGGGAAGUACGCGACAGAGAUAAGGGAUUCGACGCAGCACGAGAUGAGGGUGUGGCUUGGGACGUUCAAGACGGCAAAGGCGGCGGCGAUGGCGUACGACCAGGCAGCGCUGUCCUUCCAAGGAGCCAAGGUCGUCCUUAACUUCCUCAUCGACGAGGUCAGCAGAUCCCUUCGGGAGAUAGGCUGCAACAACAACAACAUAUUCGAGGAAUAUUCGUCCCCUGCUCAAGCGCUUCGAUCCGAACUAUUGUCACCGGCCGGUCGUCUGAUCGAUUUGUGUGUUCCGGUGGGUGCAAUAUUGCAAGGCGCCCAGACGCGGUGA